CUGCGACUCAACACACUGCAAGACAAUCCCGGAGCGGUCAAAGUCGGUCGGCGUGUCGGUCGCGGUAUAGGUAGUAGCAAAGGAAAGACGUGCGGUCGCGGGCACAAGGGUCAAAAGUCUCGCAGCGGGGGCAACAUUCGUCCCAACUUUGAAGGCGGACAAACGCCACAGUACAAACUCUUUCCCAAACGCGGGUUCAACAACAAACGCCACGAAGCGAUCAUGUGCCCUUUCAAUAUUGGCACGCUGCAAACAUACAUUGAUAUGGGUCGCUUGGAUCCGACCGAGACCAUCACCAUCAAAAGCUUGGAACAGGCGGGCAUCUUCAAGUCCAAUUCGAUCAAGCACGGCGUCAAACUGCUCGCGUACGGCAGCGAGCGCUUGCGACAGCCCGUUACCGUCAAGCUCAGCCGUGCCUCCACAAAAGCGGUGGAAGCCGUCGAAAAUGCCGGUGGACAUGUCAUUUCGGUACACUACACUCGUCUCGGACUGCGCGCCCUACUCAAGCCGCAUAAAUUCGUGAUACUACCUCGACUACCCCGCCCACCGCCCAAAUGGCAACCGUACUAU